UGUUCUCGUAUUCAGUUCAGUUAGAACCAUCGACCGUGAUCCAUGUUGUGUGAUGAGUAAUGCUGAUGACUUGUCAAAUAAUAAGAAAAAUAAACCUUACGUGAUUAUUAAUUGUGUUCAAAAUUAAGUGAUUCAUUUGUGUGUGUGUUAAAUAGUAUAAGAUGUCGCACAAAACAGCAGGCUUAUUUCUGCUAAGUUUGCUGGUUUCAAGCGAGGCUUUGAGGAUUUUAGUAUGCUUUCCCAUGACAUCCAAGAGUCACAGCAUAUUAGGUCAUGGAUACGCCAACAGACUGCUAGAAGCUGGACAUGAGGUUGUCCACAUAACAUCAUAUCCAAGUAAGAAGAUAGUUCAAAACUUAACAGAAAUUGACGUCUCAUAUUUGCAAGAUUUUUUUAAGGAACAAACCAUGAAUGAUGAUGCCUUCAAACUCAAGAAUAUGAUUGGGAAGAAGAAUUUUGAGGAAUCUGUGUUCUUCUUCUACUUCGUUUUUACAAUGCAUAAGAACUUCUUGACUGACCCAAAUGUCGUCAAGUUAUUGAGUGAUCCUAAAGAAAAGUUUGAUGCUGUUGUCUUAGAAUGGUUCUUCACAGAAAUAACUGUUGGAAUUCCAGCUCUACUCGAAUGUCCCCUAAUUUGGGCAUGUUCUACGGAACCACAUUGGCAAGCAUUAAGGCUGAUAGACGAGAUCUCUAACCCAGCUUAUACUUUGGACCUGUUCUCACAUAACAGAAUUCCACUGACUUUCUGGCAGAGGGCUGAAGGACUUUGGAAGGUGGUCAAAAGAAAUGUGCAGUUAGCAAUCUACUAUCCAUUUGAAAAGUGGGCUUACAACAGUAUCUACCCCGAGAUAGCUGCCAAACGAGGAGUAACUAUGCCUUCAUACGAAGAAGCUAUGUACAACGGAUCCUUCAUGUUACUGAAUGCCCACCCAUCCAUCGGAGGAUCGAUGAAACUGCCUCAAAAUGCGGCUAACAUUGCAGGAUACCACAUCGAAACGACGAAACCUUUGCCAAAAGAUCUCCAAAAACUGAUGGAUGAAGCUAAACACGGCGUGAUUUACUUCAGCAUGGGUUCUAUAGUUCAGAGCGAUGGUAUGUCGGAGGAAAUGAAGAAAUCUUUACUGGACAUGUUCAGCAAAUAUGAACAAACUGUCAUUUGGAAGUUUGAGAGUGAUCUGACUGAUGUACCUAAAAAUGUACAUCUAGUCAAAUGGGCACCACAGCCAAGUAUUUUGGCUCAUCCCAACCUAAAACUCUUCAUCACACAUGGUGGUCAGCUUUCGACCUCGGAAGCGAUCCACUACGGAGUGCCUCUGGUCGGUCUACCGGUAAUGGCUGAUCAGCAUUAUAACAUGAUAUCCGUGGAGGCAAAGGGCUUUGGUAUUAAAGUAACCCUGGCUGAAGAUAUGGUUCCUGAGCUAGAUGCAGCUGUCAGGACGAUACUGACCGAUGAGACGUACACAAACAGAGCCAAAGAGCUAUCAGCCCUUUUCCACGACCGCGAAAUGCCUCCAGGAGUUGCGCUUACACAUUGGGUGGAAUUCGUGGUGCGAAACCGUGGCGCCCCCCACCUACGUUCACCAGCAAUUGCAGUUCCUCUAUAUCAGAAACUGUAUCUAGACCUAGGAGUAGUUUUAGCUAUAAUAAUAGGGUUUAUUUUGAAAUUGGUGAAAUAUGUGCUGAAUAGGAGAUCAAAUAAGCAAAGUAAGGAGAAAAGCAGUUGAUGUGUUGUUGGUGUUUAAGAGGAUGAAUCUUGAUAGUGAUUUUCUUAUAACUAAGUAGGUACCGAACAUAUUUUUAAUAUAGAUUGAAGUAACACUGAGAAGGACAAAAGAAUUUCUAAGCAUUAUCUCGUUAUGAACCUCAUAGUCAUUAGAACAUUGUAAAUAACUGUUAAAUAAAAUGCUCAAUAUAG